GCACGGCUUGUUAUUUAGUCUCGGAAGGCCCGUGGAGAGGGAAGACUGGCCUGACUUGGUGGAAAGGUGAGGAUGGGGCAUCCUUACCGGAGAAAACAGGACUCUUUGAACUGCAAUUGGACAGAAUUUUUCUCAUAAGGCCUUCGUUAGUUUCUUUUUGAAGAGUACUACCCCUAAAUGCGCUGUCAACCAUGCUCCGUACCGUCGGAAAGUCGCUCUUAGUUUGCCCUCCCCACCCGGCCGGUGCCCUGGAGCUGUGCCCUGCCGUUUUGUUCUUUAGUCGACCACGAUGUAGCGGUAUUCCUUACGUUCCUCAACCAAGAGACAAGUCUGUGUCUGCCAGAUCUGUCAUCUCUUUCUACAACCAGAGCGCCAUCGAUAUAGCAGCAGAGAAGCCAUCCGUGCGACUCACCCCCACAACUAUCCUGUAUGCUGGAAAGUCUCCAGACAACAGUCACAUCCUGCGGAGUGCGCAGUACCUGUACAAGGAACUUCCAGUCCGCGUGGCUCACCGCAUCCGCGACUUCAGACAUCUCCCGUUCAUCGUUGGCUGCAAUCCCACAAUCCUUCAUGUGCACGAGUUGUACAUCCGUUCCUUCCAUCUGUUGUCAGAGUUCCCUCCUGUGGAGGAUUUUGAGUCAGAAGAAAAGUACACCAAGCUGGUGAAAGAUCUCCUGGACGACCACAAGGAUGUGGUCACCCUACUGGCAGAGGGUUUCAGGGAGAGCAGGAAACACAUCAAGGAGUACAAGGUGAUACAAGAGUUCCUGGACAGAAUGUUGACAUCCAGACUGGGGAUCAGAAUGUUAGCCCAGCACCACAUAGCCCUGCAUCAGGAGAAGAGUCUCUUCCAUGCACAGCCCAACUAUGUGGGGAUCAUCUGUACUCAGAUGUCCCUCAAGAAGAUCAUAGAGAAAUGGGCAGACUUUUCCAGACAAGUGUGCGAGUACAAGUACGGCUUCGCUCCCCGCGUCCGCGUUCUGGGACACGUGGGAGUCGUGUUUCCCUACAUUCCCCUGCCACUGGACUACAUCCUACCAGAACUUCUCAAGAAUGCCAUGAGAGCGACAUGUGAGCAACAUUCGGACAACCCAGUCAACAUGCCUGACGUCACCGUCACCAUAGCCAACAACGAUGUAGACUUCAUCAUCAGAAUCUCGGACAAGGGAGGCGGCAUGCCGCGGGAAAUCCUGGAGAAGGUGAUGCAGUACCACUUCACGACCUGCGGCAGUGAGAUGGACCCCGCCAGCGAGAACCUGGACGGACUGGGCACCAUGAUGUCCGCCAUGAACGACGGACCCAACGGGGCGGGCCCCAUGUACGGCAAGCGCCAGCAGCCCAAAGCUCGCAACCCUGUCUCCGAAGACUUGGUGGAAUAUGUGGGCCGCUCGGGCUCUAAUGGGUUUGGAUUUGGGCUUCCGACCUCAAGAGCGUAUGCGGAGUACCUGGGCGGAUCUCUCACGUACAACACCAUGCAGGGGAUCGGGACAGACGUGUACCUCCGCCUACGCCACAUUGACGGGAACUACGAAAGUUUUCGCAUCUGAGCACUUCUGAGUUGAGCACUGCAAGAGCGUUAAACAGUCUGUGUCAGAGGAGGAAAAGCUUAUGCUAUGCAGGCAUAUUAUCUCACAUAGAUUGAAAUCAAUGUUGUCAUCCUGCUUUCAUCUGGUUUUUAAGUGAAGGAAGGAAGGAAAGAAAGAAAAAGGAAGGAUCAAGAAGAAAUAGACUUGGAUGAUACAGAGAGCAUCUACAUCUUUUCCUAUGUUAAAGUUGAAGUUGCUAUGUAGCUUCUACAUAACAGCAUACCUUGUAUUAUAUGUAUAGACAGUUGAUUUUAGACCAUUUUUUUUUCAUUUUUGUUUUGUUUUUGUUGAUCUUACAUUAUAUAUGGUACCUUUUAUUCAACCUGAGUGUUGUAAGGGGCUUUAUUUAUAAGAAAAGAUUAUUUCUCCUUUUUUUAUGAUUAUUGAAUGUGAGAAAAGUUAUCAAUUAUAGAAUCAUGCUAAGGCCAGACAAAUUUCAUAACUUGUUUCAUAGACAGAAAGUAUGGGUGGUGGCUAGCUUGUGUCAUUUUCUAACAAUACCAAAUAACUAUGAUGAUAAAAAGUCUCAUUUACUGCCAUUAUUACAGCAACUGCAAUAAUAGAAAAAAGCAUUUUUUUUCUCAAUUUGUCAGUAGCUUUCUGUAUAUUGUUGUAUUUUUUUGUUUGGCAAAUAAUUAAGUUCGAACACUUCAACCAAUAGUUAAAUUUGUGUGGCCUUUGACGUGAUUUCACAAAAGAAGUGGAGAAACAAUAUGUGGUGGUCUCUGCAAAUAAGUAUAAUAUCAUUUAUUGUGGUGGUAGCUUUUGAGACAUUAGUUAACAUUAAAAGCUACAAAAGUAAAUGAUAUUUCUGCAGCCAUUUGAGCCAUGGUGUUGUGUAUAAUAUUCCAGUAUGGUCCAAACUUUGAUUUUGUUUACCAUGAUGCUGUUGUGAAACUGUAUUGUCAUUGUCUGUGCCUGUUACCACUACUUGUAGUGAUACUAGUUCAAACAAAUGAGACAACUCUCUGUAAAGUGGGCUACAUAUGUGUUGCAAGUGUCAAACAUGUCAUAUCACACUCAUCUGCUUUCUCAACUGUCAGUUGUUUUGUAUCUUAUCUCAGAUAACUCAUGUGCAAAACUGUUGUCACUUCCAAUUUGUUCGUGAAAGUCCUAUAUACUAGUAUGCAGAUGCCCUAUAGCUUGUCUGAUUGAUAGUAUAAAUGUAGUAUACAAUGUGUGUCUACGCAGUUCAUCAACUUUUACCAUAUGCAGUUGGCAUCAUAAAAAAAACAACUGUUAUCAAAUUUUACAGCAGGGUGUCCAGCAAAUAUUGUACGGUGCCAUAUACCAAACAGUGGGCAAAGCCAGGGUAAUGCAAACCCAACCACCUCAAAAUAACAACCAAAAACAUGACGGCGGUUUACUUUAACCAGUGAGGGUAUCCCUAUGAAGUGUGGCCUUUGUAUAACAGACAGCUCAGGAUGAUGCCAACUGCUGCAAAUGUUUCUAAGAUAAACUGACAUUUACAAUGUAGCAAUAUGUGACCAGUGCUUUCAUAGUUUAAGUGGCACAAAGCAGUUUUAUAUGCCAGCUGCUUGAAAACUACUUAACUGCAAGUUGUUCGAAAGUACAGGCUGCAUUUGUUGUAUAACAUUCUAUUGUAAUGUGCAUUGUUGUUGUAUUCUUGCAUAGUAGUAGUAUGUCUUUAGGCUUCGUUUCUUAUAAUGGCAAGGUAUUUUUGAGAAGAUAAUUGCAAUUAUAUUCAUAUUUGUGCUAUUUAAACAUGGUAUCUGAGCCCAAACUGCUUUUCCUGGUUUGGAAUUGUCUCAUACAAAUGGCAGUUGUAUUGUGUGGCAAUGUUUUGUGACAUGACAUGGACCAAAAAUCUUGUAUAUUCAAUUGGCUGUUUUUCCAUUGUAAUAAUCACAAAACAGUGACUGGAUUGUUGAGCUUUGAAUAUGCACUGACGAUUUGGUCAAUAUUCCACUUUUGUAACCAAGAAAGAGGGAGUGACGAUUUACUUCUUGUUGGUGUGUCAGAAAAUAUGUUUAUAGCUGGCCAACUACAGCAGAAGUAGAAGUAGGUAUAUACAAUGUAUUUGAUAUUACUCCCUUUUAAUACAGUAUUGGGUAAUGUAAUUUUGUGGCUUAAAAGCUUGACCUUCUUUAAAGUGGUCAAUAUGUAUAUACAGGCAUAGAGCCGUGUUUGUAUUGUCUUCAUCUUUGUGAACUCAAAGGUGCUGAUACUAAGUAUUGAAGAAGACAGAAUGCAGGAUUUGUGGAAUAAAAUGUGCAAAUGGGUGUCAAAAUUUC